AUGAAACUUCAACAAAUUCAUGUAGAAGUUCCAUUAAAAGGUUCAUAUUUUGUUGAAAUAUUUCCAUAUACAAUCAAUGUUGAUGAUGUUAAUAUUAGGUUGAUUAAAGUUCAUAUUCAUUAUCCACGUUUAUGGAAUUCAUUACAAGAAUGGUUUAUUAAUAUUGAUACAACAAAAGCUCAAGUGUAUUUUGUUUUUGAACAUAAAAAUUUUCUACAAGAUUAUAUAUCUUUAUGUGCUAAAUCACUGUUAUUGAAUUAUUCAUUAUCAUUUUUACAAUUUUGUCCAGAAGCUACACCAAUGGAUUUAACGAUUAAAAUUAAUGAUGUUCUUGUUCGUUUGGUUAUACCAGAAAGUAAUCGAAUGUAUUAUAUUGUGAAAAGAAUUGAUGCACAUAAAAGAUUUUAUGAACUAGAUGGAAUUAAAUUACAAAUAUCAUUAUCUGAUACAUUUGAUAAACGAUAA